AUGGCUAUCAAAUAUAAAGAUCUGCUUCCAGUCGCAAAUGGGCUUAUCAUUGCAGGUGUCUUUUUCUUCCUUGGUUUAUUAAUGGGUAAUUUCCCUUAUGAUUGUAAGACUCUAUUCACUCAAGAAGUUACCCAAGAAGCAUUUGACAACUCUUUAAGGCAUUAUCAAACUUGGGCUGAAAUCCCAAGAAUUCCUUUGCAUAUUCUUCAUUUCUUCAUUGGUCUUGGUUUCAUUGAUACAAAGUACUUUGAAUAUGGUUCAUUAUUAUUAUAUGUCCUUGCUGUCUGUGUUUACUUAACCAAUUUGAAAACUGGUGCUGAGAGCGCCUUAUAUGGUGAUUGGGGUGAAGUUGAUUCAAACACGGGUAUUAAUGUCAUCGCUGCUUCAUCAGCCAUGAUUAUCUUCUUGUUAGGUGGUAUCAUUACACUUCAAGCUGGUUUGUUUUACGGUGAAUGGGAUUACCAACAAAGAUUGGAAGUUUUCAACAGGGAAGAGGCUGAACGUGCUGCUGCUGAAGCAUCUGGACCAGUCAAAACUUCUACACCAAAGAAUGGUAAAUCUGGCUCUAAAGCAGAGAAUAAUGCUGCCAAAGCUUCAGGUUCUAGUGUCAAAUCAUCUGUCUCAAAGAAACGUGAGUAG